AUGCCGGUGACCUUCGAGGAGGUGGCUGUGUAUUUCACCCAGGGGCAGGGGGCUCUCCUGGACCCCGCUCAGAGAGCCCUCUACAGGGAUGUCAUGCAGGAGAACUACGAGACGGUGACCUCGCUGGGAUUCCCCCUUCCCAAACCUGAGCUGAUUGCCCGGCUGGAACGAGGGGAAGAGCCGUGGGUGCCCGAUCUCCAGGCCUGCAAGGAAAGAAGGCUUCCGAGAUGCACCCAUACAGGUGCUGAGCGAGGGAGUGAGAAUGAGGAGGGGAAUCAUCAUGAAGAAGUUCCCGGGGAAGUGGAACCGCAGGGGACCUUUCCCCACAAGUGCUUGGACUGUGGAAAAAGUUUCAUAAGAAGGUCACACCUUGUUGAACAUCAGGCAUUACACACAGGAGAAAGACCACACAAGUGCUUGGACUGUGGGAAAAGUUUCAUACAAGGGUCAGACCUUGUUAAACAUCAGGCAUUACACACAGGGGAAAGACCACAUAAGUGCCUGGACUGUGGGAAAAGUUUCAUACAGAGGUCACACCUUGUUCAACAUCAGGCAAUCCACACCCGAGAGAGACCCCACAAGUGCUUGGACUGUGGGAAAAGUUUCAUAAGAAGGUCACACCUACUUCGUCAUCAGGCAUUACACACAGGAGAGAGACCCCACAAGUGCUUGGACUGUGGGAAAACUUUCAUACAGAGGUCAGACCUUGUUAAACAUCAGGCAUUACACACAGGAGAAAGACCGCACAAGUGCUUGGACUGUGAGAAAAGUUUCAUAAGAAGGUCACACCUUGUUCAACAUCAGGCUAUCCACACAGGAGAGAGACCCCACAAGUGCUUGGACUGUGGGAAAAGUUUCAUACAGAGGUCAGACCUUGUUAAACAUCAGGCUAUCCACACAGGAGAGAAACCCCACAAGUGCUUGGACUGUGGGAAAAGUUUCACACACAGGUCAAACCUACUUCAUCAUCAGGCAUUACACACAGGAGAGAGACCACACAAGUGCCUGGACUGUGGGAAAAGUUUCAUACAGAGGUCACACCUUGUUCAACAUCAGGCUAUCCACACAGGAGAGAAACCCCACAAGUGCUUGGACUGUGGGAAAAGUUUCACACACAGGUCAAACCUACUUCAUCAUCAGGCAUUACACACAGGAGAGAGACCACACAAGUGCUUCGACUGUGGGAAAAGUUUCAUACAGAGGUCACACCUAAUUCAUCAUCAGGCAAUCCACACAGGAGAGAGACCCCACAAGUGCUUGGACUGUGGGAAAAGUUUCACACAGAGGUCAAACUUACUUCGUCAUCAGGCAUUACACACAGUAGAGAGACCCCACAAGUGCUUAGACUGUGGGAAAAGUUAUAUGAAAAGAUCACACCUUGUUAAACAUCAGGCAUUACACACAGGAGAAACGCCACACAAGUGCUUGGACUGUGGGAAAAGUUUCAUCAGAAGGUCACACCUUGUUCAACAUCAGGCUAUCCACACAGGAGAGAAACCCCACAAGUGCUUGGACUGUGGGAAAAGUUUCACACAGAGGUCAAACCUACUUCAUCAUCAAGCAUUGCACACAGGAGAGAGACCACACAAGUGCUUGGACUGUGGGAAAAGUUUCAUACAGAGGUCACACCUUGUUAAACAUCAGGCAUUACACACAGGAGAAAGACCACAUAAGUGCUUGGACUGUGGGAAAAGUUUCAUACAGAGGUCACACCUAGUUCGUCAUCAGGCAAUCAUGCCGGUGACCUUCGAGGAGGUGGCUAUUUAUUUCACCAAAGGGCAGGGGGCUCUGCUUGACCCCGCUCAGAGAGCCCUCUACAGGGACGUCAUGCAGGAGAACUACGAGACGGUGACCUCGCUGGGAUUUCCCAUUCCCAAACCUGAGCUGAUCGCCCGGCUGGAACGAGGGGAAGAGCUGUGGGGGCCCGAUCUCCAGGCCUGCAAGGAAAGAAAGCUUCCGAGAUGCACCCGCACAGGUGCUGAGGGAGGGAGAGAGAAUGAAGAGGGGAAUCACCAUGAGAAAGUUCCUGGGAAAGUGGAACCACAGGGGACCUUUGAUCUCUUGUGUGGAGUGGUCCAGGCUGAGGUGGAUGGUGGGGUGGAAAUUGUUGAAAUCCUGGUGGAAUUCUUCAAGGGCCUCCUUCCCAUGCGUCCAUAUGAUGAAGAUGUCAUCAAUGUAGCGCAAAUGCCGGUGACCUUCGAGGAGGUGGCUGUGUAUUUCACCCAGGGGCAGGGGGCUCUCCUGGACCCCGCUCAGAGAGCCUUCUACAGGCACGUUAUGCAGGAGAACUACGAGACGGUGACCUCGCUGGGAUUCCCCCUUCCCAAACCUGAGCUGAUUGCCCGGCUGGAACGAGGGGAAGAGCCGUGGGUGCCCGAUCUCCAGGCCUGCGAGGAAAGAAGGCUUCUGAGAUGCACCCAUACAGCAAUGGUCCCCCCGCCCCUCGUGGCACAGUGGCGCGGACACGUUAGCCUGGCUGGGACAAGGACCACGGUGGUUCUCCCGAUAAACCUACGCAAGUGCAUUGCACACGUUCUGGAUGAGACAUUCGAGGAGAUUACCAAGGCCGAUUACCGUGAUGUGAUAAACCACAUCAAUGCACUAUUCCGCAUCUAG